UAAUAUUAUUUAAAAUCUAUUUGAAAAGUAAACAAAUAUAAAUGGCUUGGAGUAAUACAUCGCACGAAUUUAAGAAUAUUUCUUACACAUGGACAAUUGAAAAGUAUGCAGAUUUACAUUAUUUAAGAGAGCAUAAAAAUAAAAAGUCACCCGUGUUUCCAAACAACGGAAGUGACCUGGAACUUUCUUUGGAGCUAAGUGUUGUCGAAACUAACAAAUACCAUACUGCUAUUACAUUGGACAUUAUCAAGAACAACUAUAAAAAGAUUGUCAAGUUAGAAAUUUGGUUGGGAAGAGAUCUUUCAAAUUAUAAACGCUGCAAAUUAGCUGAACGUAACUACAUACGCUAUACGGAUGCCGACCUAUCCAAAAGUGCUUCUUCGACCGAUGGCAACCUAAUAAUAACCUGUGAGAUAACUUUUAUGGGAGAACGUAAAGAUCAAAGUGGACAUGAACCUUUAAUCAAAAGCCCCAAUGUCAAAUUAGCUGAAGAUCUUGUCGCUAGUUUUGAUACAAAGGAAUUAUCAGAUGUUAUAAUCGUUACAGACGACGGAACUGAAUUACAACUUCAUAAGAAAAUUCUUUCAGCACAAAGCACAGUUUUUGCGGAAAUGUUCGAGCAUAAGAAUAGUGUCGACAUUAAGGAAUUCAAUUUUGAUGUUGUCUCGGAGCUGAUUCGAUUCAUAUACACAGGGAAAGUCCAGAAAUUGAAUGAGCUGAGUGGCGAACUUUUGGCAGCAGCUGAUAAAUAUCAACUCGACGAUCUGAAGACGAUAUGUGCCAAGUUUAUGGACGAUAAUCUGAGCAUAGAUAAUGCAGAUGCAGUGCUAAAGUCAGCCGAUCUUUACAAUUUGCCGGAUCUUAAGAUCAAGACCAUUCAAUAUAUUCAAAAUAAUAUUAAAAAAGAUACUUACGAAGCAAAUUACAAUAUAUUAAAUAUUUUGCUCAAUCAAAGUCUUCAGGAAUUAAAACUAGAUGAUUCAUCGAGCAGCCAAGGAAAUGAUUAAUAUUGAAACACAUACAUACACACAUAUAUAAUCGAACAUAACUUUAUGCAAUACUAUACUCAAACAGAUUUAUACAAUACAAUCAAACAUAACUAUACAUACUAUGUAUACAAACAGAUUUAUCAAAUAAAAGCAAUUUUUAUAAAUGGUA